AUGCCGUCCUUCUUCAAAAAAAUCCUCUACGGAAAGGAGCUAUCGAAUCCCUAUGUCAAUCCCUACCAUCCAGGCCACACCACCCUUCCAAACACCUCCCACCAACCGUCUUACCCAACCUACCCACAACCCGCAGCGCACUUCCCACCGCCUCCGACACCCCCCACGCCCCCAGCGCGAGCCGAGUCACCGAUGUACAGCGAUUUCCUAGGCGAAGCCCGGCUCCUCGCCGGUCGGGAUCCAGUGACGGGCCGAGCCAUGCAGACGAGUGGAAAUGCAACUGUAAAUGAAAAUGGGCGUGAGAGUAUAGACACCACCACCACCACGGAACCCAACCCCUACCUCCACGGUGGAGACGCCGCCAUGGGCCGCCCUGUGGCUCGCGGCGUGGUGAAUCAUGCGGAGAUUUUCGUACAGAGCGGCGGCGCUGAGGCGCUGGGGCGGAAGCGCUCGAGCCUGCAACAUGGCAGCGGUCCGCACGGCACUGGUCCGGUAUCCACCGCGACUGCGCACGAGGCGGGGAAUCGGUAUGAUAUCUCUGUGCGAGAGGAGAGGCGGAAACAAGAGGUGCCUGCUGGUGCAUCCACAGGUGGAAGUGCAGGUGGAGAGAGAGAAUUCUACGCGCCCGUACGCCCUCCCGUCCGGGAGUUUUACGGGGGCGCGUGA